CUAAAUAAAUAUUUAUAAGGUAUUAAUUUUUUUUGGGGAAAAGAGAAACAUGAGAGAGAGGGGUAGAGUGAGAGAUUGGGAUUCAGGCACUGGACACAGGGCAAGGCAUCGACGGUCAGCACCGGGUAAUGAGAAGAUCAGAAUCCAAGAGAGAGGUCGACAGUGGAAGGGGGUGGAUACAAGGCAACUUAUCUGGAAUGGGAAUCGGUAUGAGCACAGAGAGGGGGGGUUUGACAGAGGACAGUGGGAAGAAGGGAACUGGAGUAAGCACAUGCAGUGGGGGUAUGACAGAGGGCAAUAUAAGCAAGCUACAGCAUUCUUUUUUACAAAUAUGCCGGAGGAAUGGAGCUACACAGAAAUGUGGAGAACAUUCGGAAAGUUUGGAAGGGUAUUUGAUAUUUAUUGUCCUCAGAGGAGAAGCAAGAGCGGACGGAGGUUCGGAUUUGUCAGGUUCCUUAAUGUAAGGAAUACUAGGGAGCUUGAAAAACAGCUUGAUCAACUAAAGGUUGAGGGGCAGAAAUUAUGGGUAAAUCUAGCAAAAUACCCAGAGGAGAAACAUAAAGGGGAGACAGCAAGGAGAAUCAUCCCAUCAAGCGAAAUUGUUCAGGGGAAGUCAUAUGCUGAUGCUGUGAGAGGACAAGAAGGUCGUGAAUAUGGGAAAAGCGUAGAGAAGACAACUAUGAGUACCUUGAUGCGUGGAGAAGAUAAAAGCAGAGCACACGAAACACAGAAGCAACCGAAGAGCGGACCAAUCUGGAGACAGAAAAAAAGAGAAGAGGUGUGGUCGGGAUUGGAGUUCAAUGUGAAAAAAGAAGAGCUACUGUGGCUGCAAGGAAGCUGUGUGGGAGUUGCUCACUCAGUUGAGAUUGUACCCAAUUUACAAGAGAAGUUCUAUAUGGAAGGGUACUUCUCAUGUAGAUUGAGAGCUAUGGGGGGAAAGCUGGUCCUUAUGGAUGGUCAAGACAAAGACGAAAUUAAGGACUUAGUGGAGGGAGCCCCGGAGUGGCUUGGACAGUGGUUUUCUGAGGUCAAACCGUGGUCCCCCUCAAUGGUAGCAAAAGAAAGAUUUGUGUGGAUAAGGUGCCAGGGAGUCCCUCUGCAUGCUUGGUGCCCAGAAUUCUUUGAAGAAUUGGCACUAGUUUGGGGAAAAUGUAUAUGUUUGGACGAUAGUACAAGUAAAAAGAGAAGGUUUGAUGUAGCAAGAUUUUUAAUAUCAACAUCAAAAAUGGACACAAUCUCCGUUCACCGGGAAGUUAAAGUAAAUGGGGUUGUGUAUGAGCUGAGGUUCUCGGAGGAGGAAUUGACUAACAGCCUCUUCUCAUUGAAGUAUGACUUCAGGCCAUCUUUCAAUAGCGACUCAGAGAUUGAGGAGUAUUGGUCGGAUGCCACAGAUUACACAGCAGGUUGUGUCGGAGUUAGCGACGGAGAAGAAGGUGGAGAUAACGCCGGAGAGUAUCUUUCAGGCAGAGGAUCAUUACCGAGCAAGGAGAGAGGAAGCAAGUUGGCUGUCACAUCAAACUCGGAAGCAAAAUUUGAAUUUGCAAGAAAGAGUAAUGAUGAGGAUCGGUCAGAUAAGCAGGCUAGGCGCUCUCAUAGCAGAGUAGGUGAGGAAGAAUCCGUUGAUGUGGUAGCAGAUAGCCUUGAAUUGGAUUUGGAAGAGGAUGACGCAGGGGAGAGAGGUGAUAUUGAAAAGUGUGUAUCAGGAAGCAAGGUGGGGACUGUCUCAAAUCCAAAACUUGCAGCAAGGGCGGGAGAUUAUGGGCCGGACACUCACCCCAGCAGGGAUCCUUUUGUAGGAUAUGGGUCCAAUGGAAACUGGGCCGGGGAAGGAGAGUUAAUAGAAAAUUGGGCUGAGGAAGGAUUAAAUUCCAGUCCACUAAAAGGGAGGGAAGUGAGAACCAUCGGGGGAAUUAAAAAGAAGCUCACUCCAGAAAAUUCAGGAACAAAAGUCACGAACACUCUGGAGAAAUGCAGCUCCUGUAGCAACGAGAGAGGUAGUAUAGAAGGGAGCAGGGAAGAGGAGACGAGCACAACACAAAAGGAGGAAAAAAAAAAAGAGAAAGAAAAGGAGCAAAUCGUGCACUUUUGUUUACCAAAAAUCAAUCCUUCUCGGAUUCAUGAAGAUGAAGAAGAAAAGCAGGGGCAGAUGCGGAGCGAGGCAAACGGAGGAAGAGGCAGUGUCGGGGCAGUUGCAGAGGAAGAGGAAUCUGUCAUCAAGAAACUUGAGGAGUUGGAGACCAGAGACAGAGCAGCAAAGGAGAAAGAAAGCUUAAAGGGCCCGAACAAGGAACAGAAGGAAACCAAGAAGAGUGGAAUAGAUAGAAAAUUCUGCAGAUUGCUGUGGGGGGCAGAGGAUUUUGAUUGGGUGGCAAAAGAUGCAGUAGGAUUGUCGGGAGGUAUGGUCUGUAUAUGGAAUUCUAAAGUACUCAGAAUGAUGAAAGUUUGGGAGGGUGAAAACUUCAUCGGGAUACAGGGGAGGUGGGUAGCAGAGGAUGUUUGUGUUAAUAUAAUCAACAUUUACUCUCCAGGUCAUUUAGCAGUAAAGAAUGUUGAGGAGAAAGUAGGAAGCAAAGCAGUAACUCUUGAGAUGAGGGAGUUUAAUAAUUUCAUAAUGGAAGCAGAACUGAUUGAUACACCAUUAGUGGGCAGAAAAUUCACAUGGUACCAACCGAGUGGGAAGUUGAUGAGUAGAAUUGACAGGUUCUUACUAUCGGAGGAGUGGCUGAAUAAGUGGGGAGAGGCAACCCAAUGGGGUCUAACCAGAUCUGUAUCAGACCACUGUCCAAUCCUUCUUAGACAUCAGAAAGUGAAUUGGGGGCCCAAACCAUUUAGAUUUUUUGAUGUUUGGCUAGAGCAAGAAGGGUGUCAAGAGGUGAUAAGAGAAGCAUGGAGAAAGGAAAAUACUCAUGGGUGGGCAGGAUUUCGCCUCAAAGAAAAACUCAAGUCCACCAAAGAGGCGUUGAAAAUAUGGAGCAGAAACAUGGUACCAGAAAUAGAAAGGAAAAUGAGAGAAGCUAUGACAGAGAUCGCGCAGCUUGAUGUGAAAGGAGAGGCGAUUCAGUUAUCUGAGGGAGAGAUUGAGAGAAGAAAACAGGCAUCCCUGAUUGUGUGGGACAACAUAAGAUUUAAAGAGAGUAUGAUGCAGCAGAAAUCCAGGAAAGCUUGGCUAGCAAAUGGAGAUGCAAACAUGAAAUAUUUUCACAACUGCGUGAAGGGGAGAUGGAAGAGGAAUGAAAUAAAUAGCAUUCAUGUAAAAGGAGUCCAGCUUACAGAGGUUGAUAAAAUGAAAGAAGAAAUCGCCAACUUUUUUGAAGAGACAUUCUCGGAGGAGCAGUGGGUUAGACCAUCCGUGGAAGGCCUCCAAUUCAAACAAAUCUCCCCAGCAGCUAAUGACUAUCUCAUUGCACCUUUCACUGAAGAAGAAAUCAAGACAGCGGUGUGGGACUGUGAAAGCUCAAAAGCACCGGGUCCGGAUGGCUUCAAUUUUAAAUUCAUCAAGAGUGAAUGGGAGACAAUCAGAGGUGAUGUUACUGAAUUUCUUCAUGAGUUUCAGAAGAAUGGCAAAAUUGUGAAGGGUCUAAAUACGUCAUUCAUAGUUCUUGUGCCAAAAGUAGAGAACCCACAGAAAAUUGAAGAGUAUAGACCAAUUUCACUGAUAGGGGGUAUAUACAAAAUCCUCGCAAAGUUACUUGCUAACAGGCUUAAGAAGGUGCUGGAGGGAAUAGUUGGGGAACAGCAAAUGGCAUUUUUAAGUGGUCGGCAACUAAUGGAUGGGGUUGUAAUAGCAAAUGAGGUUAUUGAUGAAGUAAAGAAGAAGAGGAAGGAAGCGUUUUUGUUUAAGAUCGACCUUGAGAAAGCUUAUGACAAGGUCAGUUGGAGAUUUCUGGAUUUCAUGAUGCAAAAGUCGGGUUUUUCAAAUACUUGGAGGGAAUGGAUUAUGGAGUGUCUAAGGUCAAGUAUGGUGUCGGUUCUGGUCAAUGGCAGCCCUACCAGACAAUUCUCUAUGUCUAGAGGUCUCCGACAAGGGGAUCCACUGUCCCCAUUCUUAUUUCUGAUUAUUGCAGAAGGGAUUAAUGGGCUGGUUAUGAAGGCUGUUGAGAAAGGUUUACUUGAAGGAGUCGAAGUGGGAGGAAAAGGCUUCAAGAUCUCGCAUCUCCAAUAUGCAGAUGACACUCUGUUGUUCGGCACAGCUACUGAGGAAAAUGUUUGGGCUAUGAAGAGCAUCUUAAGGACAUUUGAGCUGGUAUUAGGGCUUAAGAUAAACUUUAACAAAAGUCAGCUCAUUGGCAUUGGAGUAAAGGAGGAGUGGUUAGAAAAAAUGGCAUGGAUUUUGUGCUGUAAAAAAGGGGUAUUGCCCUUUAAGUAUUUGGGGGUACCCAUAGGGGGGAGGAGUGGGAAGCUCUCAUUCUGGAAACCAGUGCUGGAGGGAGUGAAUAGAAAACUAUCCACAUGGAAUGGGAGAUUCUUAUCUCUAGGAGGAAGGAUUACCCUCAUUAACUCAGUGCUGACCAGUCUUCCUGUGUUCUGGAUGUCCGUGUUCUUGAUCCCGAAAGGUACGAUUCUAUUCCUUGAUAAAAUUCGUAGGAGAUUUUUAUGGGGAGGUGUUGAGGGAGGUAAGAAAAUAAAUUGGGUUCGAUGGGACAAGGUUUGUAGGGACAAAGAGCAAGGGGGGUUAGGUGUAAAGGAUCUAAGGAAGUUUAAUCUAGCUUUGCUUGGGAAGUGGUGGGGGAGAUUGGUUAACGAGGAGGAGGGUUUAUGGAAAGAAGUAAUAUUGCAGAAAUAUGGUAAGGUAGGGGAACCCAGAUUCAAUUGGUUGAGGGAGGGUUAUGGUUCUGGGUCUAGAUGGUGGAGGGAUAUAUGUAGGUUGAAUGUCUUAGACCAGGAGAAUGAUGGCUGGUUAGCAAAAGGGCUGAAUAUUAAAAUAGGAGAAGGGGAUAGUGUAAAAUUCUGGUGGGACGAUUGGAGCGGGAGAGGAAUUUUGGCUAACAAAUAUCCUAGACUCUACUUAAUAUCUGUAGGUAAAGACAAUACAGUGUCACAGAUGGGUUGGUGGCUCAAUGGCAGCUGGAUAUGGAAACUGCAGUGGAGGAGAAGACUAUAUAGCUGGGAAGUCCAAGAAGAAACAGAGAUUUUGAAGGAAAUACAAGAAACUACAAUCACGAAAGGAAAAGCAGAUGUAAGAGAGUGGAUUCAUAGUAACACCGGGGAUAAAAUCCCUACCAAGGCAAAUCUUUUCAAAAGAGGUAUAAUUCAAAACAUGGAGGACUGCAAGUGUGAACUUUGUGGGCACCAAUUGGAGGAAACUAGCCAUUUAUUCACGCACUGCAAAGUGGCAUAUGAUCUGUGGAAUGCAUGCUUCAGGUGGUGGGGAAUUAGAACAGUGCUGGACAGAGAUGGGUGCAAGGUUUUCCAACAGCAUCCUUCGGCGCUCAAAGUGGCAGGAUUAAAAGAGGGCUGGAGUUGCAUAUGGUUUGUAGUUGUGUGGACAUUGUGGUUGGCAAGAAACAACAGCAUAUUCAAUGGAAAAGUAGCGGACAAUUGCAGGCUGCUUGAACUGGUUCAUCUAAGGUCCUUCAGCUGGUUGAAAUACAGAAAGAAAGGAUGUCUUUUUUCUUUAUCCGACUGGAUCCAGGAACCGGUUGCCUGCUUAAGAGGGGUCGCAGCAAAAACCGGCAAAACAGAGUGUUAAUACCAGGGUAAGCAGCGGAUCUCUUAGGAAGGGGCGCUCAAUUAAAGUAAGUUCAUAUGUUUUUUGGGGGUAGUAGGUGCUGAAUAAGCACAUCUUUCCCUGUAAAAGGUUUGGAGUACACCCAGUACUCCUAUAAUAGAAAUUUCUUUGCUUU